AUGAGUGCCACCCAGCGGUUAAACAACGUCCUGAGCCAUCUCUCUUCCACAACCAACUCGCCAAACGCCAAUUCUACUAUGUUUCCCCAGGCACCGCCCGACGGCAUUCUCAAGCUCUCGGUCCUGUCCAAGGCCGACUCGAACCCGCAAAAGGUCGACCUGGGCGUGGGUGCCUAUCGCGACGACAACGGCAAGCCGUGGGUUCUGCCGGUUGUGCACAAGGCCGAGCAGCGUCUGCUCAACAACCCCGAGUCCAACCACGAGUACCUGCCCGUCGGAGGCUGGCCCGCACUGACCAGCGGCGCCCAGACCCUUAUCUUUGGCAAGGACAGCCCAGCCAUCAACGAGAAGCGCGUCUACACGAUUCAGACAAUCUCGGGCACCGGAGCCAACAUGGUUGGCGCGGUGUUUUUGAGCAACUUCAAGCAGCCCAAGGACGCCGCAGUUUACAUCUCCAAGCCCACCUGGGGAAAUCACCGUAGCAUCUUCCAGACAGCCGGCCACGAGGUGCGCGAGUACCGGUACUGCAACUACAAGACGCUGAGCCUGGACAUCGACGGCAUGCUCGAGGACCUGCGCAACGCACCGCCCAAUCAGAUUAUUGUGCUGCAUGCCUGCGCCCACAACCCGACUGGCAUCGACCCGACUGAGGAGCAGUGGCAGAAGAUCGCCGACAUCAUGGCCGAGCGCGGCCACUUCCCCUUCUUCGACUGCGCGUACCAGGGCUUCGCCACGGGUGACCUCGACCGCGACGCCUACGCCAUCCGCCUGUUUGUGAGCCGCGGGUUCGAGCUGCUUGUCGCCGAGUCGUUCGCCAAGAACAUGGGCCUGUAUGGCGAGCGCACUGGCGCCCUGCACAUCGUCACCAAGGCGGCCGACCAGAUCCCGGCUGUCAGCUCGCAGCUCAACCGGCUGUCACGGGCCACGAUUUCGACUGCGGCGGGCUUUGGCGCCAAGGUCGCCGGCACUGUGCUGCAGGACCCCGAGCUGUACAACGAGUGGCUGCAGUCGAUGGCUGACAUGUCGUCGCGCAUCAAGACCAUGCGCGAUGCCCUGCGCGACAAGCUCGUUGCCCUUGGCACCCCGGGCAGCUGGAACCACGUCUCGGAGCAGAUUGGCAUGUUCUCGUUCACCGGUCUGUCCAAGACCCAGGUCCAGGCGCUGCGCGAGCAGUACCACCUGUACAUGACCGACGAUGGCCGCAUCUCGGUUGCUGGCCUCAACACAAAGAACAUCGACUACGUCGCCAAGGCCAUCGACACGGUUGUCCGCACAAUCCAGUAA